GAGAGUUUACAAACGAUGAGCGUCUGUCGAUCUGCGUCGGUGUCUCCAUGUGGACAAGUUUACUAGAACUAUUAACCGUUUUUAUUUUUCGGAACCGUUUCCGGUUAUUUUUACCAAACUUUCUUUUAAACUCACGCGAGACACGUGAAAGUUUUACUGAAUCUGUCAAGUCACAAGAACAAGUUGUUUGUCACCAUGGAGGAGAGCGACCGACGCGCCGACGACCGACGCUCCAGCGACCGACGCUCCACCGACGAGUACCCUCACCCGUUCAUCCACCGGGUGAAGCUCACCGGGCCGCAGAGGAUCCGGGGCCUCGUCCUCGGCAGCGUCCUGUUCCCUCUGCGUGUCACGCUGGCGGCCAUGUUGUUCCUCCUCAGUUGGCCUCUGGCUCGUCUGCGAUUGGCCGGCUUGUCUGCGGAGGAGCGGUCCCGGCCCGUCACCGGCUGGCGCUGGUGGUACUUCCAGGUGACCAUCUGGCUUCUGAGCCGAGGCGCCUUCUUCUCGCUGGGCUUCCUGUGGGUGAAGGUCAAAGGUCGCAGGGCCGACCUGAAGGAGGCGCCGGUGCUGGUGGCCGCUCCGCACAGCAGCUUCCUGGACAUCUUGGUUCUGUGUACGGCCCGACUGCCGGCGGUGGUGUCGCGGUCCGAGAACUCCAGCCUGCCGGUGAUCGGAGCGUUGCUCGAGUCCAACCAGUGUGUGUUGGUGAGCAGGACGGAUCCCGAGUCGAGGAAGAAGGUCGUCGCUCAGGUCACAGAGAGGCUGACGUCUGGCGGCUACUGGCCUCAGAUGCUGAUGUUUCCAGAAGGAACCACGACGAACGGCCGAUCUCUCAUCAGGUUCAAACCAGGCGCCUUCCUCGCCGGAGUCCCGGUGCAACCGGUUCUGCUGCGAUACCCCAAUAAGCUGGACACAGUUUGUUGGACGUAUGAAGGAACCAGCUGGAUUGAAGCGCUAUGGCACACGACCUCUCAGCUCUACACCAACAUGACGGUCGAGUUCCUGCCGGUGUACAACCCGUCACCUGAGGAGAAGAACAACCCCAAGCUUUUUGCUGACAACGUUCAGAAACUCAUGGCCAAGGCACUCGGCGUCCCAGCAACAGACUAUGUGAUGGAGGGAGGAGUUCCUGUCCGUAAAGUGGGAGACCUCUCACUCCUGCUGGAAUCUCCCGCCAGGAAAACGCUGUCGCUGCUGCACGACGACGGCCUGGAGGCAUUUGAAAUGGAAGCAUCUCUGGACCGAAUGAUUGACAGGUGUCAGUCAAGAGCCCAGGGGUCAAAGGUCAGUGCAGAGGAGCUCUUCUCUCUUCUGGGACUGAAGCGAAGAGAAACGUCGGUCAGGCUCUGUGGCCUCUUCUCCAAGGAUCAAACUGUGGACGUCAGGCAGUUUUAUCUGAGCGUCGCCUCCGGGCGCGUCGGCUUCAGGUCUCUGCUCCACACGGCGUUCAGACUGUUUGACGGGGAGGGCAGAGGGAGGGUGAGUGCAGAGGAGUUGUCUGGCCUCAUGGGGGCGCUGCUGGGGUUCCCUCAGCGCAACACUGCUCAGCUGUUCAGGGAGGUGUCGGCUCACGGCCCCGUCACUGCAGAAAACCUGCUGCGAGUGCUGACGACCCACCCGACCUAUCAGAGAGUGGCCAACGAAUACCUGCAGCCGGAGGAGGCGGUCUCUCGCCUGCCGUUCACUCCUCUGGCCAAUGAGAAGCCUGAGAACAACAACCGACAUCUGCAGGACAACGACAACAAGAAGUUUGAAUGAGGAUCUUUUAUUUCUGUCAGGAGGAUCAAAUGAGUCGUGCAAUUAUUACAGCGUGAACAAGAAAGUAUUUUAUUUUUAAAGUUUAAUGUCAGAUUGUGUGUUUUUAAUUCCUCAGGUUUUUAAUGCCAAACGUCAGGAGCCAUAAAUUAUCUAAAAUAUGACAAAAUGAUGCUGCAGUGGCUUAAUGAAGUGCGUGUGUGUGUAAAUCUUAUUCAAGUUUUUUCAGAUGCUGUUAAAAAGUUUACUUUUGUCAUGUGAAGCAUCCGAUGUUUUAUUUAUAGAAUCUGUUUUAUAUAUUAAAGUUUUUUUUAAGGAUUGUGCAAAAAGAAACUACUCAGAAAAGUUUAUUUUAUGUAAAUGAUUUAUUACAUGUGAGACUUGUUCAGAUGAAACUAUUAAUUAAACUGAAUUGUUUCAAGUAUA